AUGCCUCCCUCCAGCCUCUCUGCCUCCCUCCAGCCUCUCUGCCUCCCUCCAGCCUCUCUGCCUGCCUCCAGCCUCUCUGCCUGCCUCCAGCCUCUCUGCCUGCCUCCAGCCUCUCUGCCUGCCUCCAGCCUCUCUGCCUGCCUCCAGCCUCUCUGCCUGCCUCCAGCCUCUCUGCCUGCCUCCAGCCUCUCUGCCUGCCUCCAGCCUCUCUGCCUGCCUCCAGCCUCUCUGCCUGCCUCCAGCCUCUCUGCCUGCCUCCAGCCUCUCUGCCUGCCUCCAGCCUCUCUGCCUGCCUCCAGCCUCUCUGCCUGCCUCCAGCCUCUCUGCCUGCCUCCAGCCUCUCUGCCUGCCUCCAGCCUCUCUGCCUGCCUCCAGCCUCUCUGCCUGCCUCCAGCCUCUCUGCCUGCCUCCAGCCUCUCUGCCUGCCUCCAGCCUCUCUGCCUGCCUCCAGCCUCUCUGCCUGCCUCCAGCCUCUCUGCCUGCCUCCAGCCUCUCUGCCUGCCUCCAGCCUCUCUGCCUGCCUCCAGCCUCUCUGCCUGCCUCCAGCCUCUCUGCCUGCCUCCAGCCUCUCUGCCUCCAGCCUCUGCCUGCCUCCAGCCUCUCUGCCUGCCUCCAGCCUCUCUGCCUGCCUCCAGCCUCUCUGCCUGCCUCCAGCCUCUCUGCCUGCCUCCAGCCUCUCUGCCUGCCUCCAGCCUCUCUGCCUGCCUCCAGCCUCUCUGCCUGCCUCACUCUCUGCCUGCCUCCAGCCUCUCUGCCUGCCUCCAGCCUCUCUGCCUGCCUCCAGCCUCUCUGCCUGCCUCCAGCCUCUCUGCCUGCCUACAGCCUCUCUGCCUGCCUACAGCCUCUCUGCCUGCCUACAGCCUCUCUGCCUGCCUACAGCCUCUCUGCCUGCCUCCAGCCUCUCUGCCUGCCUCCAGCCUCUCUGCCUGCCUCCAGCCUCUCUGCCUGCCUCCAGCCUCUCUGCCUGCCUCCAGCCUCUCUGCCUGCCUCCAGCCUCUCUGCCUGCCUACAGCCUCUCUGCCUGCCUACAGCCUCUCUGCCUGCCUACAGCCUCUCUGCCUGCCUACAGCCUCUCCUGCCUCCAGCCUCUCGCCUGCCUCCAGCCUCUCUGCCUGCCUCCAGCCUCUCUGCCUGCCUCCAGCCUCUCUGCCUGCCUCCAGCCUCUCUGCCUGCCUCCAGCCUCUCUGCCUGCCUCCAGCCUCUCUGCCUGCCUCCAGCCUCUCUGCCUGCCUCCAGCCUCUCUGCCUGCCUCCAGCCUCUCUGCCUGCCUCCAGCCUCUCUGCCUGCCUCCAGCCUCUCUGCCUGCCUCCAGCCUCUCUGCCUGCCUCCAGCCUCUCUGCCUGCCUCCAGCCUCUCUGCCUGCCUCCAGCCUCUCUGCCUGCCUCCAGCCUCUCUGCCUGCCUCCAGCCUCUCUGCCUGCCUCCAGCCUCUCUGCCUGCCUCCAGCCUCUCUGCCUGCCUCCAGCCUCUCUGCCUGCCUCCAGCCUCUCUGCCUGCCUCCAGCCUCUCUGCCUGCCUCCAGCCUCUCUGCCUGCCUCCAGCCUCUCUGCCUGCCUCCAGCCUCUCUGCCUGCCUCCAGCCUCUCUGCCUGCCUCCAGCCUCUCUGCCUGCCUCCAGCCUCUCUGCCUGCCUCCAGCCUCUCUGCCUGCCUACAGCCUCUCUGCCUGCCUCCAGCCUCUCUGCCUGCCUCCAGCCUCUCUGCCUGCCUCCAGCCUCUCUGCCUGCCUCCAGCCUCUCUGCCUGCCUCCAGCCUCUCUGCCUGCCUCCAGCCUCUCUGCCUGCCUACAGCCUCUCUGCCUGCCUACAGCCUCUCUGCCUGCCUCCAGCCUCUCUGCCUGCCUCCAGCCUCUCUGCCUGCCUCCAGCCUCUCUGCCUGCCUCCAGCCUCUCUGCCUGCCUCCAGCCUCUCUGCCUGCCUGCCUGCUCCAGCCUCUCUGCCUGCCUCCAGCCUCUCUGCCUGCCUCCAGCCUCUCUGCCUGCCUCCAGCCUCUCUGCCUGCCUCCAGCCUCUCUGCCUGCCUCCAGCCUCUCUGCCUGCCUCCAGCCUCUCUGCCUGCCUCCAGCCUCUCUGCCUGCCUCCAGCCUCUCUGCCUGCCUCCAGCCUCUCUGCCUGCCUCCAGCCUCUCUGCCUGCCUCCAGCCUCUCUGCCUGCCUCCAGCCUCUCUGCCUGCCUCCAGCCUCUCUGCCUGCCUCCAGCCUCUCUGCCUGCCUCCAGCCUCUCUGCCUGCCUCCAGCCUCUCUGCCUGCCUCCAGCCUCUCUGCCUGCCUCCAGCCUCUCUGCCUGCCUCCAGCCUCUCUGCCUGCCUCCAGCCUCUCUGCCUGCCUCCAGCCUCUCUGCCUGCCUCCAGCCUCUCUGCCUGCCUCCAGCCUCUCUGCCUGCCUACAGCCUCUCUGUCUGCCUACAGGCUCUCUCCCUCCAGCCUCUCUCCCUCCAGCCUCUCUGCCCCAGUCCUUACCCCAUGCGUCCAUAUGCUUUGCUGUAUUUUGGGUCUAUGUUGA